AUGCUUGUCGUGAAACCAGUUGAACACGCCGACGUCCCGCAAUGCAUUGCAAUCCGCGUUGCCGGACUUGGGAGCCUAGUCAUCGGACGCCCGCCGCCUUACCCGGGAUACAUCGAGGAGGCCGAAGCUGCGGUGCGCGCCAACCUCGACGAUCCCGACAGCUUUGUGCGCCAUCUCAAGGUUGUCGACCCCGAUAAUGAGGACGAAGUCAUGGCAUAUGCCAAGUGGGAACUCUAUCCUAAUGGUCGCUCCAAGGAGAGUUUGGAGAAGCUCAAAGAGCGCAUGAGCGACAAGGACAAGGGCGUUGAUCAAUACGGGGCCUUGAGAGAGGCAGCACACGAGUACUUUUGUACACGCAACGGCAGAAUGGGCAAAAACCCGCACUUGCUCCUCGCGCUCCUCGUCACAGCAGAGCCACACAGGAGAAAAGGCGCUGGGGGUCUCCUGGUGCAAUGGGGACUUGAGAAGCAGAAGGAGACUGGUCUCAAUUGCUAUCUUCAGGCUUCUGAACAGGGCAGGAAACUGUACGAACACUAUGGGUUCCAGGACAUUGACACAGUCGAGUUCGACCUGGACAAGUAUGGGCUUCAAGGGGUGGAGAAGAUGACCGAGAUGAUACGAUAUCCUACCAAGAGCGGGCGGCAAUGGGAUAGCGAGAAACUGGUUUAA